ACUCUUUCACAUUCAGAGAAUCAGAUCAUCACACCUCUAUUACACCUUUUCGUUUCUUCUUCUUCCCUUGGCCCUUUCAGAGCCUUUCCAGAGCCCUUUCAGAGCUUCAACACAAAGGGUUCCAUAUUUAAGGUACGUUUAAGAUGUCUAGUGGAGUUACUAAACGUGAUCCAGCUUGGGAACAUGAAGACCCAAUAGACGGAAACAAACAUGGCACAAUUUGCAAAUAUUAUGGUCGGGUAAUGAAGAGUGGCGGAAUGACACGACUUAAGUACCAUCUUAGUGGAUUAGAUCCAGAAAAUAAUGUCCAACAAUGCGAUAAUAUCCCCCCAUACGUGAAGGCAUUCAUCACCACAUUAUUAAAAAAUAAAAAACACCAGAAGGAAAAGAAAACACAUGGAAUGGAAAAUAUUCGAGCUGGGCUACGAGGAGAAGUCAUUGGCCAAGCGGUUGACAAUGAUUAUGAUGAUGAUGACGAUGAGGACAAAUGUGAUGAUGACAUAGGACCUGAAGAACAACGCAAUUUCAAACAAGCAUUACGUGCCUCUAAACAGUCAGAAAGGGAAAGAGAACACCUUCAUAAAAUUCCUAAUAGAGCACAAGGUUCCAGGACGAGUGGUGGUGCACAAAUGAGACGGGGAGCAAGUGUUAGAGAAUCACAACCAACACCACCAAUAGCCCCAAGUUUAUAUAAGUCAUCCAAAACAUGUCAAAAGAGUGUUUGGAGUUAUUUCACUGGAGGUAAUAUGAAUGAGGGAAUGGGGCGCCUAAUUAGCAAGUUCUUUAUCUAUGAAAAUGUCCCUGCUGAGAAGGCAUCAUCACAUCAUUUCAAAAAUAUGGUAUUGAGAUGUCAACAGGCCGGUGUUGGAGUACAACCUCCCACUCCCUAUGAGGUAAGAAACAAAUAUUUGGAAAUGGAGUAUAAAGACAUUAGCGAGCAUGUUAACAAGUUGAGGUUAAAGUGCGAAACUAAUGGUUGCACAAUCAUGUGUGACGGAUAGACUGGCCCGACCAGAUUGUCUAUCAUAAACUUCAUGGUAUACUCCAAGGAAAAGACAAUUUUUGUGAAGUCCGUUGAGGCUUCAGACCAUAUAAAGAACUAUAAGUAUAUUUACAAAUUAUUGAGGGAUGUAAUCAUGGAAGUGGGAGAGCAUAAUGUUGUCCAAGUCAUGACCGACAACGGUUCUGCAUUUGUCAAAGCUGGAAAAAAGUUAAUGAAGCAUCAUAAUGUGUUUUGGACAUCACGUGCAGCACAUUGUAUUGAUCUCAUGUUUGAGGCAAUGGGGAAGAAAGAGAAUAUUGCUAAUGUCGUAAAAAGAGCUAGAACAAUCACAAAUUAUAUUUACAAUCACGGUUGGUUAUUGGCAAAGAUGGUUGAAUUUUGCAAAGGAGAAAUUAUUCGUCCAGCUAUCACUCAAUUCGCCACCAACUAUAUUGCAUUAGACAACCUACUUAAGAAGAAAACAGGGUUGAAGCAACUAUUCACUAGUGAUGAUUGGGCCAACCACAAUUUCAGCCGCUCAAAUGCAGGUCGUAUAGUGGAAAGUAUAGUGCUUGAUCAUGCUUUUUGGACUCAAUCCGAACAUGUGUGCCAACUAUUUGAACCUCUUUACAAAGUUUUACGGAUCGUUGACACAGAAGUGUAUCCUACUAUGAGGGCAAUAUAUGAGUUGAUGUGUGUAGUGAAUGAGGACUUGGAAAGAAAACAUGGUGCAAGGUGGGUCAUAAAGAUAAUUGAUGACCGAUGGUAUAAAACAUUAUACCACGAUUUACAUGCAGCAGGUAUAAAUUAUGUCAUAAUUUGCUUUAGUUGCAUAAGUAUUAUUUCUCUUAUUAGAGUAUGUGUUUCUUUGAAUGACAUAUUAUUUGAAUCCUCGAUACCAAUACAGACCCGGUGUUGGAGAUGAUGGUACCCUUAUACGUGUUGUACAUAAUGUAUACUCUAAAUUAGACCUUGCAUUACCAACAGUUGGGCAAUUUGGAAAUGAGGUACACAAUUACUUAAAUUAUAAUAAUUACAUUGUUGGAUUAAGCUAACACGAUUUAUUGAAUUCAGCUAACAUGGUUUAAAGAUGCAAGAAGAACUUUUGGAGAACCAACAUCAGUUGCUGCUCGAACAAAAAUGUCUCCUACUGAAUGGUGGAUCAUGUGUGGGACUGAUGCACCAACUGUGAGAAAGUUAGCAAUCAAAGUAUUAUCACAAACAGCUUCCUCAUCUGCUUGUGAAAGAAAUUGGAGUACAUUUGCAUUCAUACACACAAAGCAAAGAAAUAGGUUGGCUCAUAGUAGGUUGGAAAAAUUAGUUUAUUGCUACUACAACAUGAAGCUUCAAAUUCGAGAUAAGGAAGCAAAAAUAGAUCAUGUCGACCGUGGUGACCCACUAGAUGUGUUUGAUAUUGUUGUUGAAGAUGAUGAUACAGAGGGUAACCAACUUUAUCAAUGGAUUAGACCUCUUCAUUUAGAUGAUGAUGAAGGCAACCCAGCUCUAAGAGUUGCUGAAAAAGCACGUAAUGAAGGGAUAAAUGUAGAAAGAGUAUUAGAAGAGGAGGUAGGAUCUAGCAGUGUUGACUCUUUCAAAGAACUUUUGCGCCCAAGACCAAGAAACACUGGAAUUCCACCUUCUUCCAAUCUUACACAACCACAAGAUCCUGUUGAUACUAAUGAUAGCUCUAGUACAAGAUCAAGAGACUCACCUACCACCGGAGGUGGGAAUGAUGAAGGAUAUAGUGGAGCUGGAGGUAGUGGUGGAUAUGGAAACUAUGUUGGACCACCUCCUGGAUUCAUGAGCCCUUUCACUGGUGAGGCAAACUUCACGCAUGCAACACAAGAUGAGGACCAGGAAUUGGUGCCAUAGGGAAGGACUAUACUCGUAGAGAAAGAGGCAAGGGGACUUUGUCAAGUCAAGAAGAUGACUCGUUAUCUAUAACUUCGGACUCUGUUGGAGUGAGAAGUAGUAACUAUGGUUAUACUCAUAACCAACCAUUUCCCUACCCUUCAUAUCCCAUUCCUGUUGGGAUGGAAUCGAGCGACUCAUGGAAAGAAUCCGAGACUCAAUCUUCAAAUGAUUUUGCUUAUGGACAACGUCAACCAAUCUCGGAUCCAUAUGGAUGGCAUGUUAACAAUUACAUGCAAAACUAUUUUGGGGAUUUAUCAUUUGAUGACUACUCUUCACAAUACACUUACUUUACACAUAGAGAUGAUGAAGAUAGUGAAUAUUUUGAACCUCAUGGGAACUCUAUGUGGUACUAAGUCACUCAUGUAUCUUACCCUGCAAUGUAUAAAGUGUAAAAUAUUGUACUAA